AUGUCAUCUACCGUAUUGGACGAGGCCACGCGGAUUGCCCGCCAAUUCGACUACCCCGCCGCCGAAGUCCAGCGCGGGGUGAAGGAAUACAUUCGCGAAAUGGAAGAGGGGCUAAGUAAAGAGCAUACCACCCUCAGUCAGAUCCCGACCUUCGUCACGUCGGUUCCCAAUGGCACUGAGAAGGGACUCUACUUGGCCGUGGACCUCGGUGGCACCAACUUCCGCGUGUGCUCGAUCGACCUACACGGCGAUACCACCUUCUCUCUGACCCAGUCCAAAAUCAUGAUCCCCCGGGAAUUGAUGGCGUCGGGCUCUUCUAAGGACCUUUUCCUCUUCCUCGCCCGACAGAUCGAGGCGUUCUUGCGCAUUCACCACAACGAACACUUCGAAGCUCACGCCCGACGCCGACGGGAGGGGAAGACUGAAGAGGAGCUCUUUGACCUGGGAUUUACGUUUAGUUUCCCCGUGCGCCAGAUGGGAAUCAACAAGGGCACGCUGAUUCGCUGGACGAAGGGUUUCAACAUCCCCGAUGCCGUUGGGCAGGACGUAUGUGCGCUCCUGCAAAAUGCCCUGGAUGAGUUGGACCUUCCCGUGCGCGUAGCCGCCCUCGUUAACGAUACAGUGGGGACGCUCAUGGCUCGUUCAUACACAUCCCCCGGCGAAACGGGGACGUUCAUUGGUGCGAUCUUUGGCACGGGGACCAAUGGUGCCUACGUGGAAAAACUCGGUCGAAUCCCCAAGAUGGAGACCAUUGAACACUCCGACUACGAUAAGUCGACAGGCGAGAUGAUCAUCAACGCCGAAUGGGGCAGUUUUGAUAACCACCUUAGCGUUUUGCCCAACACUGUGUACGACCAACGGCUCGACGCUGACAGUAACAACCCGGGCGUCCAAAUCUUCGAAAAACGAGUCUCGGGGAUGUUCCUGGGGGAGAUCCUGCGACGCGCUUUACUUGACAUGUACCAUAACGGCUCAUUGGAUCUCUUCAAGCCUAGCGAGUCGUCGGACGUUCUUGUCCCCGAGAACUCGACCCUGUUCAGGCAGUGGGGUCUCGACACCAGUCUUCUGAGCACCGUCGAAGGUGAUAAUACCCCGAACUUAGAACAGACCAGGACCGCGUUGAAAGACCACCUCAAGAUUGAACGGGCGAGUAUCACAGACUGCAAAGCGGUGCAGAUCCUUGUACACGCCAUUGGGAAGCGCGCCGCACGCCUUAGUGCAGUGCCACUGGCUGCCAUGUUGAUCGCCACGGGGAAGUUGCAAACCGAAGAUCUAGUGGAUGUUGGUGUCGACGGAAGCCUGGUCGAGUUCUACCCCAAUUUUGAAGGAUAUAUCCGCGACGCGCUGCGAGAGGUGCCGGAGGUGGGCCCUGGUGGUGAUAAGAAAGUGCGUAUUGGCAUUUCUAAAGACGGGAGUGGAGUUGGAGCUGCCUUGAUUGCCCUCGUUGCCAGCAAGGAGGAGGCCAGGAAGAAGAAAGCAAAAUAA